GGAGCCGCCGCGCUCUGCGCCUUCUGGGUUGCUCCUUCUCCUGCCCUGCCGCCCGGUUACCUUCGGGUGUUCUGCAGUUCCGGACCCCCCACCUGCUCAGAGCUUCAGGACCAGCCUGACCUGCUGGGAUGAUGUGAUGGACAGGCACCCACAGGGCCUUCACAUACAAGAGGUUUUGGGUUAAGCCAAGGACAUUUCAAAACCAGUGCCUGAAGGAGGAAACAGAGUGACAGACCUGGAGACUGAAGUUCUUUGUCCCUCACACAGCUCUUUCACCAUGCCAGGGUCACUUCCUUUGAAUGCAGAAGCCUGCUGGCCAAAAGACGUGGGAAUUGUUGCCCUUGAGAUCUAUUUUCCUUCUCAAUAUGUUGAUCAAGCAGAGCUGGAAAAAUACGAUGGUGUAGAUGCUGGAAAGUAUACUAUUGGCUUGGGCCAGGCCAGGAUGGGCUUCUGCACGGAUAGAGAAGAUAUCAACUCUCUCUGCAUGACUGUGGUUCAGAAUCUCAUGGAGAGAAAUAACCUUUCUUAUGAUUGCAUCGGGCGGCUGGAAGUUGGAACAGAGACAAUCAUCGACAAAUCAAAGUCAGUGAAGACUAAUUUGAUGCAGCUCUUUGAGGAGUCUGGGAACACAGAUGUAGAAGGAAUAGACACCACGAAUGCCUGCUACGGGGGCACCGCUGCUGUCUUCAACGCUGUGAACUGGGUCGAGUCCAGCUCUUGGGAUGGACGGUACGCCCUGGUGGUUGCAGGAGAUAUUGCUGUCUAUGCCACAGGAACCGCUAGACCUACGGGUGGAGUUGGAGCUGUUGCUAUGCUCAUUGGGCCAAAUGCUCCUCUAAUUUUUGAACGAGGACUUCGUGGGACACACAUGCAGCAUGCCUAUGACUUCUACAAGCCUGAUAUGCUUUCCGAAUACCCCGUGGUGGAUGGGAAGCUCUCCAUCCAGUGCUACCUCAGUGCAUUAGACCGCUGCUACUCUGUCUACCGCAAAAAGAUCCACGCCCAGUGGCAGAAAGAGGGACAUGAUAAAGAUUUUACCUUGAAUGAUUUUAGCUUCGUGAUCUUCCACACCCCCUACUGUAAACUGGUUCAGAAAUCUCUAGCUCGGAUGAUGCUGAAUGACUUCCUGAAUGAUCAGAACCGAGAUAAAAAUAGUGUCUACAGUGGCCUGGAAGCCUUUGGGGAUGUUAAAUUAGAAGAUACCUACUUUGAUAGAGAUGUGGAAAAAGCAUUUAUGAAGGCUAGUUCUGAACUAUUUAAUCAGAAAACAAAGGCGUCUUUGCUCGUUUCAAAUCAGAAUGGAAAUAUGUACACAUCCUCUGUGUAUGGCUCCCUUGCCUCCGUCCUAGCACAGUACACACCGCAGCAGCUGGCAGGAACGAGGAUCGGCGUGUUCUCUUACGGCUCUGGCUUGGCUGCCACCCUCUACUCCCUGAAAGUCACCCAAGAUGCCACACCAGGGUCUGCUCUCGAUAAAAUAACAGCAAGUCUGUGUGAUCUUAAAUCGAGGCUCGACUCCAGAACGUGUAUGACACCAGCUGCCUUUGCUGAGAGCAUGAAACUCAGAGAGGACACGCAUCACCUGGUCAACUACAUUCCCCAGGCUUCCACGGAUUCGCUCUUCGAAGGAACAUGGUACCUAGUUCGAGUGGAUGAAAAGCACAGGAGAACCUACGCCCGGCGACCCUCUCUGAAGGCCAGCGCUCUGGACGAAGGCGUGGGCCUGGUGCACCCGAGCACGGCCGCUGAGCAUAUUCCAAGUCCUGCUAAGAAGAUGCCAAGACUCCCGGGAACAGCAGCAGAGCCGGAAGCAGCUGUCAUCAGCAAUGGGGAGCAUUAAGAACCUCUGUGGGUGCAAGACCAGUGUGGGCUGGGUGGGUUGGGUCUAUGAGAACGGUUGGGAAUGGGAUGUCUGUGGACAAUAUUAAAGGAUUACAUGUUGCUUAAAAUUUUAUGUGACUGACACGGAGCCUGGAAAACUAUCGUGUUUCUGGGAAAGUCUUUGCUCAGUUUGCUAAUCUGCUUCUGAAUGUGAUCCAGCUGAUGCUCAGUGUACUCUAUGAUGUUAAGGCUCUGUAAGACUUUGUGCCCCUUGGGUCAUUUGUAGCAUGAAGCUCAGGUUUUAAAUGUGGUUUGAUGAGUUGGGUGCUUCUGGCAGAAAAGAGCGGAGGUGUAAGUCUUCAGUUUUAAUUUUCAAAUGUGUAAAAAUUUUAUACUUUGAACAAACAAGAUUAUGAAAGUCCCUGUGGUCUUUGAAAAAAAGGUUCUCAUUUGAGGAGUGUGCUCUCACCUGGGAGAUGCACAAACCCUGUUUGAAACGGCAAGAGAAACGUGCUCAUUCUGAACUCCGCACACUCCGAACAGAGAUGAGUUGGGAGGGUGACUGGUUCUGGAAGCUGGGAUGAUGCGGCUUUCAGUCCCAGCAGCAGUGACAAGCGAUCGCAAAGGCCCUGAGCAGUGAUGCUGGCCCUGGGCAGACCCGGGAUGAUGACGCGGUACUCUGGGAGCGGAGUGUCGCUCCUGAGUCAGCUCGCGCUGGGUCGGGCUGCCUGACGGAGAUGUUAUUGGACCUUGUGUACAAGGAGGUGUGCUGAUGCAGUCCUCUGCACCUUAUUUCAAAGGAUAAAUAAAACACGUUCUGGCUGCCUUUUAGACAUUUUAAAAGGAAGGGUGGGGCGAGGCAUUAGGUUACUUCUGAUGCUGCAGUGUUAUAAAUUCAACGGUGAGACUGACAGCCUAACUUCAUGGUGUAAGUACUCUUUUCCUUUAAAAAAACAAAACAAAACAUUUAAUGAAAAUAAAAAGGUACAACCCAAGUUGUUACAUAGUUUGUUCAGCUAAAAUGCGCAUUCCACUGUAAGAUCUGGAAGUAGGAUCUGAAGAUUUUCUCAGACUUUCACCUUAAACACUAUCACGAGGUCUGAAUAAGGCUGGUUAGACUGCUAGAUAUCUGUGGUGCUGAACUAUGACAUGAGCCUUACAGACUAAAAUAGAGCUAAUUGGAACUAAUUACAGAAUUCAGUUCUGUUAAGUUCUGUGAAGUCUCAGCUAUCUGAAGUACACUUACACAAAUAUGACAUGUAAUGUUUCAAAAUGCAAGGUAAUAUGUAAUGUAGUGUUUGUAAAAUACUCUUGUCUUAUAUUAACCGGUGGUAUUUGACUUGUACAGUCAAUUUGUUAAAAUGACUUCAUUUUAAUAUCCACUGAUACAUAUUAAUAGUGAAAUUCAGAUCUAAAGAUUGAUGGGACAAUGGUGCAUGCAAUACUUUUGCAAGUAUUGGGAGUUUGGUAUGUUUUGAAAAGAGUAAUUUAACUUUUGAGUGUCAGGAAAUGGGGUUUUCUCAAAGUCCAUUGCCAUCAAUGGGCAAGCCUGGUAAUACUGGCACAGAAUUAACUGUACACCU